AUGUUUUCUGCUCUUCGUGCUGCUGCCGCCCCCCGUGAGCUUUCUGCUCGGGUGUUCUCCACCACUCCUAGGCGCGCUAGCGACCUCGCGAAACUGGUCCUCAUUGGACGUUUAGCCCGGGACCCGGAGGCUCGUCUGACCAAAAAUGAGAGGGAAUAUAUAGCUUACACCGUUGCUACCACCACAUCCCCACCAACUGUAGACUCCAACGGAGAACGGCAAUACGCACCUUCCACUUUCCACCGCGUCCUUUCCUUCAACGAGGGUUCCAACAGAUAUCUCCGAACUCUGAAAAAAGGUAGUAAGGUCUAUGUGGAAGCUGCUUUCGAGUUGAAGGAGCCGGAAGCCGGAGCAGACCCUACCACCCCUCAGGGCCAACGCCAGAUAUUCCUCAAACACGAAACUAUUCGUGUUGUGACCUACCCUAAUUCUCAACCUGAAACCAGUGAACCAGAUUCCGAACACGGUUUCUAG